AUGCCGUUCUUUCCAGACGUUUCAAUAUUCUCUCGAUCGAAAAAUGAAUGGAUUCAACUACUUUAUGACGAUAGGGAAAUGUGUUCCAAACCCGGUCCACUCGGAUAUAGUGUCAGUCUGACUACUGCUCAUUUGAUUGCUGCUCCAAUUUAUGCAGUGGCAUUUUAUACAUUGUACGCUGAAAAGUCAUCAAAUUUCAAAGUUUAUAAAAGAUACUUGGCAACUCAUGCAGUCAGAUUGAUUGUGGACAGUAAUUUGUGCUCGACAUGGGUCAAGAGAGCAGAAAGAAUUGCAGUUUUCGCUAGAUGGACAUUGAUUGUGUUUACGAUCUCUACAGUAAUCACACUGGCAUUGUGUGUAGUUGGAUUAUUCGAUCAGACAAUGCAUAAAAUGAAGCUGAUUCAGGUUGGAAAUCGAUAUCUGGGUUAG